AUGGCCACCAGUGAGCCCACGACGGCACAGCCCAAGGUGGAGGAGCCACAGAGCAUUGGGGUGCGAGUGGCCAACCUGCCCCUGGUGAGCUCAGCCUACGACAUGGUGUCCACUGCCUACACCUCCACCAAGGAGAGUCACCCCUACGUUCGCUCCGUCUGCGACGCUGCCGAGAAGGGAGUGAAGACCCUGACAGCAGCAGCAGUGAGUGGGGCCCAACCCCUCCUCACCCGCCUGGCGCCACAGAUUUCCACUGCCAAUGAAUUUGCCUGCAAAGGGCUGGACAAGCUGGAGGAGAAGUUGCCCAUCCUGCAGCAACCCCCUGAGAAGCUCAUCUCAGACACCAAGCUGCUGGUGACCUCCACAGUGACAGGGGCCAAGGACGUGCUGACCAGCACUGUGUCCGGGGCCAAGGACGCAGUGACCAACACUGUGGUCGGGGCCAAGGACGUAGUGACCAGCAAGGUGACCGGUGUGAUGGACAUGACCAAAGGGGCUGUGCAGGGCAGUGUGGAGCUGACCAGGUCUGCAGUCAGCAGUGGAGUCAACACUGUCAUGGGCUCCACCGUGGGCCAGCUGGUGGCCAGUGGGAUGGGCUCUGUGCUGGAGAAGUCCGAGGAGCUGGUGGACCAUUACCUGCCCAUGACGGAUGAGGAGUUGGCCAAGGUGGAAGGCUUAGAGCCGGAGCAGCAGAAGCAGCAGCAGAACUACUUCGUGCGCUUGGGCUCCCUCUCCACCAAACUGCGGCACCGAGCGCUCCAGCACUCCCUGG